AUGGAGUCGAAAGGAAAUAUUGCGCCUGAGAAUCAAAAGAAUCGUGCUCGAGGCGAAAAUUGGACUCAAGAGGAAAAGGAUCUGUUUUUGGAAAUAAUGAGGGAGUCAGCGCCUAUUAUAGAGAGUAAAUUUACCGACACUAAUACAAAUAAAAGAAAGAAUCUGGAGUGGAUUAGAGUACAAAAGAGUCUUAAGGAACUCACUGGGAAAUCCAGAGAGAUCACCCAGUUAAAGGGUUUCUGGAGACGAACAAAAGUGGCUGCAAAGAAAUCUGUGGCACAACAUAGAAGAGCUUUGCAAGCUACUGGUGGUGGACAAAGGCCAACAUCGCCAGGUGAUGAUCACCUAAAGAUAGUGGAACUAUGCCCAACAGAUUUUUUUAUAGAAGAAAAUCUUUAUGACAGCGAUGCGGUCCCACAACACGGUGAAGUUAUAGUUCUUGGAGGAACUGAAGAGCAAAACAACACAUUGUAUGAUAUAGACGAGGAUGAAAUUCUACCAGCAGAGGAACCAGCUGAACAGCAAAUGAUUACAGUGGCAAAUGUGCAUAGCGAAGAGAUUGAUAUCAAGAUGCCUGAAUGCAGCAGAAAAACACAAAUGAUGUUUCCUCCAAAGGUGGACAAGAAACAAAUUAGAGAAAAGAAAACAAAUAAGUUGGCUGGCAAGGAAGCUUUAUUAAGAAGCAAUAUAGAAUUUAAGGAACGGGCUUCAGCAAUGUUGGAAGAAGAACAUAAAUUAAAAAUAAAAUUUCAAGAACAAGAAAUAGCUCAUCAGCAGUUGCGGCAUAAACUGGAAAUUGAAAUAUUAAUAUUAGAAAGAGACAAAAAGAAAUUGGAAUUAGAAUUGUUAAAAAAAAAAACUAGAAUAUAA